UAUUCUAACAGGUAUUUUAAAUCCUAACAGACUGCAGCAUGCUGAGCAUCGAGAAACCCUGUGCGGGUCCCAGCACUCCUCGGCCGGGUCUGAACACUCCUGGACAUAGUCUGAAGGCUCCUGGACGGGGUCUUAACACUUGUGGACCGGGCCUAACCCGUUCUGGACCGGGUUUCGGGUCUGGUCUAAUGAGUGCUGGAGCCGGGGCGGAGAGCUGCGGGCUCCGGGAGCGUCUGCGGGCGGCUCUGGCGGGUCUGACGGAGCUGAAGCUGCUGAAGGACCGGCAGAGAGAGCUGGUGAACCGGGCUCUGAGGGACCGAGACGAACCGGGACCUGCUGUCUGCGAGGAGCCGGAGGAACCCGAGAGAACAGGAAGAACCGAGACGGAGGAGCGUCUGGAGGCGACGCUGACGGCUCUGAAGCAACAACUGAGUCGUCUUCGGAAAAAAGAUGUGGGUCUGAAGUCUCACCUGCAGCAGCUGGGUCAGCAGAUCAGUGAGCUGACGAUGGACGUCAGGAGGGCAUCAAUGGAGCAGCAGGAGGGCGACAGCAGGCCCAGCUCAGGUUUCUACGAGCUCAGCGACGGCAGCUCGCUCUCAAACUCAUGUACGUCAGUCUACAGCGAGUCUCUGACAUCCUCUCAGACGAGCCUCCUCCGUCCUCUUAGUCCUCCUUGUAAGCCUGAAGUCCUUCGACGACGCUCCGCUGACGAGAACUCUGUCAGGCCCCAUCCACCCUGGAUCUCAGGACUCCACCUGGGCAGCAGCCGGAUCAGAGCGAGUCCUUCAGAUCCGGCACAAAACAGACGGUUAUCAACAGGGGAUCUGGAAUUGGUCCUGGUGCAGGGACUUAGCUGCUACAAACCCUCGACCGACCUAAAGACCUGUACUGUGGACCCAAAGUUCCAGAAUGACCUGUUGUCCAGCAGCGGGAUGGAGAUCUACCAGUACCCGAGUCCUCUGCAUGCUGUGGCUCUGCAGAGUCCAGUCUUCUUCCAGGUUGGGGGCACUGCUUCACCAGGACCGCUGGAAGGCCAGGGACCUCAAGGGUCCAGCUCUGUUACCCCCCGGAAGGAACUACCUGGACCUGAGACCGGAACUCUGGGUUGCAUUGACAGGGUCCUUCUAAGCCGCAGACUCCAGAGUGAAGCACAGACCCUCAGAGACCAGUACAGGAAGUCCUUUGAGGAUCUGACUGUGUGUCCAGAAGCCUAUCAGACACAGUCCACUAACCUGGGCCCACCACAGAUGGACCAGAAGAGACCUUGCAUGAUGAAGUCCGUACCACAGCCCCCCCCCUCAGUCCGACCUCCCAAGGUCUCUAACUGCUACUCGAGUCCUCCAGCAUUCCGGGAGCCCGGGUGUGAUGAGGUCUGCUCUUCAUCACUGACGAAGGUCAAAGGAGGACCACUUGGAAGGCAAGAACUUGAGGACCAUGAAGAUUCCAUGGCACAGAAGCAAGUCCAAAGACAAAGAUUUGAACUGAACGGCCAAACCAGCUCAGAAGAGACCCCUUCAGCCCCCUCCCAGUUUGUCCUUGCUAAGUUCGUCCCUGCUGGAUCUCAGAGUGUCCGAGUCAGGCCGGCAGACCGUAAAACUAGAUCCCUGAAACUGAGGAAACCUCGGGCCCCAAGGACAAAAGAGACCAGGUCCAAGGGGGAUCAAAGAAGCUCAGGAAAAGUGACGCAGAAAACCUCUGAGGAACUCAGACCUGGAUUCAGCUCAGACACCAGUCCCUGCAAUCCUGGACUCCCAUACACCAACAAGGUCCAAGUUAAAUCACUUCCUUUCCCUGCUGUUUUGAGGUCUAGAAAAGUCCGCAGACCUCAUAGUCCAGCACAUGACUGGUCUGAGGACCAGAGGAGGCCGGAGGAGCUGAUCCAGAACUCUUCGUGGUCCAGAGACUCUCAGGUUCAGAUGCUCCAGGGUGCCAGACUGGGUCAGUGGACCGGACCUUCUGGGUCCUUUUUGUCUUCUGUGCCUUCUGUCCUCCACGGUCUGAACCCCAGGUACCCACCAGCCCUGGUCUACAGGUCAAGCCUGAACCCCCCUCGCUGCAUGUCCGAGUACUCGGCAGAGUGCGACCAUACUGUUAACCACUAUGGAGAUUGUGAGUCCAGCUUUGGAUCCUCCUCAAAGUCUGACAGCAGCCUGUCCCUGGACCAAGACCAAGAGGACCAGCCCCAGCAUCACAGCGGUCUGGUCUGGUCCCUCCAGCAGCUUCCAGAACCGUUUGCCUGUCGGAUCAAAGCCUCCAGAGCCCUGAAGAAAAAGAUCAGACGCUUCCAGCCCUCCUCCCUGAAGGUCAUGACCCUGGUCUAGAGAAGUUUCCCCAUCAAGAUGAAAACACAAAGAACAAACAACUCCAUAACAGUUUCCCUUUUUGAAACUUCCCAUGUGGUUCACCUUUAGGGUCCAGUACAAACUGGCAGCUAAUAAUAGACCAUGUUCCCAUAACGGAUAUGUUCCUGUGUCCACUCGAGGUGGUCGACAUAUCGUUUGUCUCAUCAGUGACCUCAUCAGUCAGGAAGCUUUGAAAACAGUUGCUCAGAUUUGUGACAUUAACACUUAAACCUGCAAAAUAACAGUAAGAUAAAACAAUGAUGACAGGUUGCCCAGCCUGAGCAUGAUGUCACUGGAAUAUGGCUGCCGUGUGAAACUGGUCCAUCACUGUUGCAGUGAUGACAUCACGGUUAUGGAGCAUGAUCCUCUUUACGCCUGGAAACAAAGCUGGUGUCAGUAGUCCCGCCCCUCCUUUAUUCUGAUUGGUCAGUGAGGGUACGAGGGUUCAUUCAAGUUUCAGUCACACUAAAGAAUUUAAAAUCAAUCUUUAUAUUUUUAACUACAAAUAAAGUUUAAUUUCUUGUUUGUUUCUUUCUGUGUUCAUUGAUGAUACAGAUUCAUUAUUUUAUCAGAAUAAACUCACGUGAGAGAA